AUGGUGUCUGUAGUCGAGAAUAACAUCAGUCCAGAUUCUGCAUUUACAGUUGUGCGGAUGGAACCAUCAGACAUAUUAAGUCUCGCAGGACAGUUUGUUGUGCAAUAUUAUACUGUGAUGAAGAAGUGUCCUUCUGGAAUUCAUCGAUUUUAUAAAGACGAUUCGUCUAUGAUUCGAGAAGACAACCCGGUUUGUGGUCAGCGAAUGAUUCACGAAAAAAUUAUGAGCCUGAAUCUACAGGACUGUCAGAUUGCUAUUCUUAAACUAGACGCCUUACGAGCUAACGGCAACAGUGUGUUGAUUCACGUUGCUGGAGAGAUAAGCAUUGCUAACGGGGAAUUUAGAAGAUUUACCCAGUGCUUCAUUUUGAGGGAACAGUCUCCGUGUGAUUUUUACGUCUUGAAUGACAUAUUCCGGUACCAAGAUUUUGUGUACGGUGACCUCAGGAAUAGUGCAGAGACAAACAAUGAUCAUGUGACAAAUAUGAAUGAAUUCAGUCUGUCAGAGAGCGUCCAACACUGUCCUAUGCCUCAUUCGGCCAGAGAAGAUCACACUCACGGCUGGGAAAGUGCACCCGAACAGGGUUACAAACAAGCUGUCGAAGAAGACCAGGCACAUAAUUCGGAAGUUAAACAAGACCAGAUACCUGUGGAACACGUAACACCACAUUCUUCUGCCUCACCAUCGAUUCAGCAGGAGGCGGCAAAACAGUCACACCCUGCUAGUUCCCCACCAUUGCCACCUGUUCAAUCUGGGCCACGUAGUUGGGCACAAAUGGCAUCUAAACAACCAUCUCAGCCCGUUAUGAAUGCACAAGUGUCCAAAGGCUUGAGAAGUAAUACAAAUACUUCAGAGUAUGAUGCAUCAGACGACCAGCACAGAUCAGGUUUAAGACAGUCUGUGAAUCCAGAUGGUCCUCAAAGGAUACGCCCUAUGGGACCACGUCAACAAGGAGAUUCACGAGGUGUUUCUGAAAUGAAUUAUGCUCAUGAUAAUCGUGCUCCUGCUAGAGGGAAUACAUCUAGAGGUUCUGGUUUCGGUGGGCCUGCUCGUGGUGGAGGUAGAGGUGGUGGUGGCGGCGGUGGACGUGGUGGUAUGGGUAAUGGACCUAUGGGUCGAGGUUCUAAUAAUCCACGCAGAACAGGUUAA